AUGGAUGUUGACGACGAGAUGUCGGGGCUGCAAAUUGAAGACCUGGGCGAGUACUUUCUGCAAACGGACGUGAACGAGAACUGGAAAGGAUUCUCUCUCGGAUACACGGAUGAAGACCAGCAGUCACAAGUGGAGCAAUUGGAUUCAAGUGGAGCCAUGCAGUCCGAUCGUCCAGCUGAUACGAUGAAUUGGACUGCCGGGGACACGUCCAUGCAGUAUUUGGUGUCACCGCCGUUGGCGAGUGUCUCGGACAUGUUGAAAUACGGCGACGGACUUGGCGUGGGGAUGGGUUUUGGCUCGCCGACGAAAGACUUUGCGACGUCGUUCAGGACGGAUUGGGCUCCUGAAAGUGCGAAAUCGGAUGUGGCGAUGAUGAGUUUAACAGCUCGAGAAGACGUGGAGCUUACGAGUUUUAGUCUGGAUCAACACGAGACAUCGACGGCAACGUGUGUCGUGCCCGAUCUAAGGGUAUCAAAUGUCGUGACACCACGUGGCGGAAGAGUGAAGACUGCUGCUUCGAAGCUGCAGAGCACGCAGUGUCAGCACCUCUCAAGCUGCGGCGAUGAUGAGGACGAUGCAAACUAUUGUGGAGAAGCUAACGCGCUCAAGCGCGUAUGCUCGACUAUAGGCAGCGAAUCGGCUAACGGUGCAUCUUCACCUAUGCCAGACGAUGAUAGAGGUUCUCGAAAGAAAUCACGUGAAAAGAUGCGCCGCCAAGAGGUGAAUGUCAAGUUUGAUAAACUUGUUGACUUGCUGGGGCUGUCCAACCGCGUCCGAAAGAGUGCGAUUUUGCAAGAGGCUGUAUCGACAAUUACAUCACUGAAACGAGAGCGGGAUGAGUUACGUCGCGAUCGUGACCGCUUACAACAAGAAGUCGGCAAGUUGGCUACGUGUCUGCAGUUCUCCCAAUUGGGAUCGGUGGCUGCUGCCAUGACGCAACAGCCGAAUCAGCAGCUUUCUCACAUGCCCCCGUCGGUAGAGCCUCUUGAUCAGCAGCAGCAGCAACACCAUGGUCGCCAGGAUGUGGCUGUCUCCAGCGCACUGCAAGCAGUGCAUACGCACCCGACAAACGUUUCCUGCUACCCGGGUGCAAACUGCUUCCCGCUCAGUUCAACCUUCUCGGAUAUCUCAUCACGGCUGGGACCUCACUCGUCCUCAGCGUUACCAGUGUCCGGUCAGGUUGCCAUCGCUCCAAAAUGUUUGAAGCCAACACCCUCCACUGCAGCAUACACCCCCAUCGCCCCCGACGUGAACAUGAAGUAA